CGAAGCCGUGGGGUGGGGGGGGCGGGAAGGGGGGAGCGGCGCUGACGUACAGGUAACUGAGCCCCUGCCCGGCGUGCGGUGCCCCGUGUCCGCUCCCGCUUCUGUUGCUUCACAGCAAGCACAUGGGAAAUACGGGUAGGGCGAGCUCCAGUCCCCCGCCCGCGCUCCUGCCAGGUCUCCGCGUGAGUCUCUGGCGUCCUGCCCCAGCCGGGCCAUCUCGGGACGCCCCGUGGAUCCGGGGGCUCUUAGGGGCCUUGCGAACCCGGCGGGCCGAGGCCGUCUGCCCGUGGGCCCGGCCGCUCCUGUUGGCUGCAGAGACAGACCGCGAGAUCGAGGACGUUGGUGUCGUUUCCCUUGACCUUGAGGACCCGGGAAGGUCGUAUGAGCCAUGGCUAUGACUAGUGUCAGAUUGCCCAGCGGUGUUUUAAGAAAGCCAGAUGCCUGGAUUGGGCUCUGCGGAGCGCUACGAGGGACACCUUCACAAAAACACUGUGCUUCCUGGAAUCGAUACUUAUAUUUGUCUAGUACCAAGUUAAAUUCUUCAAAUUAUAAAACAUUUUUCCAUAACAUUUUCUCACUGAGACUCUCAGGGCUUUUAACAUCUCAAGAAUAUAUUUUCCCAUUUUCCAUAAGACUCAAAAGUAAUGUAAGUUCUAAAAAAUCCACUACAAAGACUCUGCAACAAGUGGAGGAUGAAGGGGACUCUGAUGAAGAGAGUGAGCGUCAUGAGAUGAGUGAGCAGGAAGAGGAGCCAGAGGACGACCCCACUGCGGUCAGAGACUAUAAAGACCUGGACAAAGUAGUGCAGUCCUUCCGAUACGAUGUUAUCCUGAAGACGGGCCUAGAUAUCGGAAGAAACAAAGUGGAAGAUGCAUUCUACAAAGGUGAACUCAGGCUGAACGGGGAAAAAUUAUGGAAGAAAAGUAGAACGGUGAAAGUGGGAGAUACAUUGGAUCUUCUAAUUGGAGAGGAUAGAGAAGCAGAAACAGAGACAGUGAUGCGGAUUCUCCUGAAAAAAGUGUUUGAAGAGAAGACCAGCAGUGAGAAAUACAGAGUGGUGUUACGGCGGUGGAAAAAGUUAAAAUUGCCUAAAAAGAGUACGCUCAAAUAAAUGGAUUGCUUUUUAGCGAUAAAGCUGCGUUCUAGUGGUGGGGAAGGGGCCAGGUUAAAAAGAGGACGUUUUUAUUAAAAUAAAGUUCUCCUACCAUUUGUGGACUCUCCUGAGCCAAUUUUGUGGAAGUCAGCAUUUGUAUCGUGGCUCCUAUAGACGCUUCCCUUGGCCUGGAUUUCCCUCCCAGGCUUCAUUUGUUCACAUUUUGACCUCGUGAGCAUGAGUGAGACAUGCGCUGAAUGAACUAAGCCCAGAGAGGGUUUUCAUGACCAGCCUGCUGUUUCCCACGUUAACUACCUCAGGAGGCAGUGUAAAAUAAACUGGCCUUGUUCUUAGUG